AUGGCAUCACAAACGCAAGGGAUCCAACAGUUGUUGGCUGCAGAGAAGAGAGCAGCAGAGAAGAUAAACGAAGCAAGAAAGAGGAAGUUCCAGCGUAUGAAACAGGCUAAACAGGAAGCACAAGCAGAAGUCGAGAAGUAUCGCCAGGAACGCGAGCGUGAGUUCAAGCAAUAUGAACAAACGUACCUUGGCACAAAGGAGGAUAUUGAAAGCAAGAUUCGUCGUGACACCGAGAACGAGAUUGAUGGAAUGAAGAAAAGUGUUGCUGCCAAUAAACAACUGGUCAUUGUUCGUUUACUACAGCUAGUUUGUGAUAUAAAACCGGAGCUACAUCAUAACCUGAUACUUCAGAAGAAACUUCACGGGCAAUUCUCGUAA